GCAGACCACUCCACACCCUUUCCAAAUUGCAAUCAACACAAACACAACAAACACCAUCUUCAUCAUCAUCAAUUCAUCAUCUCUUACAAUAUUUUGUCUGAUCCUCUCUGCAUACUGCUGCUCUGCUAAAUUUUUGAGAAAAAGGAGGUGCACGGAAAGUUACUGACGAAAUGCCUGUGAGAAAGAACAUGAAGAACAACUUGAUCCCAUCUUCACCAAUGAAGGUGGUUCAUCUUCACAAAGAAGAAGAAGCACAAAUGAAACAAGGGAUUGUCACCAUUCUUGGCUCCGAUUCCUGCCAUGGAAACAAACCAGGCGGAGCUUCCAUUAGAAGAACACUCUCUGCUGACAUGUCAUCCAAGAAAUGGCUCCAGCAAAACGGCUUCUUCUCCCCUGUUAAAAAGAUCCCCUCUUCUUCUUCUUCUUCGUCUCCUCCUUCUCCUCCUUCGUCUUCGUCUUCAUCGUCUUCUUCGUCAUCGGAAAGCGAAGAAGAAUACGAAGAAAUAACAGCACCUGGACAAGACGAUGUUUGGAGGGCAAUUCAGGCAAAGAAAGAAAGAGAUGAUGAAGAGAUGAAGAAGAAGAAGCCAUUACAGAUGGAUGUUUGGGGUACCAUGCUCACUCACAAGAGUGAGAAUUCUGCUGCUCUUCUUGCCGCUGCCCCGCUGCCGCCGCCUUAUGUUCAUCCACUCGUGAAGAUAUUGGCCAGUACUUUGAGUGAAAAAAGCCUUGAGAUUUGCACCGAGAGUCUUGGAUCAGAAACUGGUUCUGAUUGUUUUUCUGCCGAAACUGAAGAUCAAGAGAAGGUGGUUGUGAUGCCGGUGGUGGUCGGAGAUUCGAACGAUCAGUUUGCGGAUACGCAUGUGGCCAAGUACAAGAAGUCGCCGACACGGCCUUUUCCGCCGCCUCUUCCUUCAAUCGCCGGCGGCGAUGGGGCGGCGCUCCACGUGCAGUCUCACCGGGAAAAUGGGAGGCUGGUUCUUGAAGCUGUUUCUGUUCCUCAGAGAAACCAUUUCCAUGCUCAACGUUGCGACGGCCGCCUUGUUCUGACUCUGGCGCACGCGCCGCCCGCUUGUGAAGUGACGUUGGUAGAAGAAGUGUUUGAUAAUAUGGAAGAUGUCGAUGAAGAUGUCGUUACUUUUGCGGAGGAGGAGAAGGAGAAGGUGGAUGACGGAGGCGGAAACGAGGGUUACGUGGCAGCGGAGGAGAAUUUCUUCCAGGCACAAAGUCCAAGAAAAGAAAAGGAAUAUAUGGUGGAGCAAAACUUAUCGCUUCCUAGUGGAAUGAUGAGUUUGAAUAAAUCUCGAAUGGUGAUCAAAAAGCUGAUGGCGGUAGGGAAUAUGAAUCCGAAAUGGUCCCAAAAUCUCAACAAAUCCGAUCAAGUGGCGGUGGCGGAGGAAGUUUUCGCAAUCCCGCAGUCGCUCCCACCGCCUCCGCGGGUGGCUCGCAUGAUCCCGUCGCCCGCGGUGGCGGCGGCGCCAGCCGCCGCGUCGUUCAACGCUUACGAGUACUUCUGGAGGAACAAGACCGCCGUGUAUGGUGGCGGAGGCGGCGGCGCACAACUGAAAAACAAGGACGGUGACGGCGGAGCGGAGGCGGCGUAUGAGAAUAAAGAUUUGGUGGUUGUAAAAGGAAAGAAAACAGAGUACUCAGUUCCAUACCUGAGGGGAUGCAAAGAGGCGAGGCGAUCGCUGUCAAUAUGGGAGCCGUACUGCAUUGCCACCUCCUAAAUGACAAUUUUAAUAAAUAAAUAAAUAAAUAAUAAUAAUUAUAUAAUAAAUAAUUAUAUUUUUACAUCCUAUUUAGAUGGGAAAAAAAUGUUUGAUUAAAUCCCCAAAAAAAAAAAUAUAUAUAUAUAAUCGCCCAGCCCUGCCUUCUAUGUUAAACUAAACCUCCCAAUAAGUCACAUGUAAAAGAAGUCCAAAAAGAGUUGUGUAGCCAAUAAUAAAUAUGAAUGGGAGUGAGAAAUAUUAAUUUUUUACAUGAUUUUUCAUAACAAAUAAGUCGUUAUCAGCUUCUGUUUAGUUGGUAAUUUUAUCUGUUUUAUUAGUCUAUGCAAAUCAUAAUAAUUAAUGGAUUUUUUUUAUUUUAUUUA